AGUCUAGAGUAGUCAGGGUUGGACCAGGGGACGGUAUGGUUCUAGCUCCGGGAUAAUACUAGAACACACUAUCCUCUCUACAGCUUGGAUACCAGGCAUGCUCAAUAUUAAACUGUCAACCCAGCAAUAUACAACUGUGUAGAACAGAUUUUAAACCACGUGAGAUUAUAAACCUGUGAUAAAAUGAACGGUGGAACACCCUAUCUUGUACCAUGGCCUGCCAUGCACCUUCCUUUGCCCGCCCACCUGAGCAAGCUGACCGGGUUGCCCCACAUGCAACCCCAGCAGUUCACCCUCCCCCAGUUUACCCACUUCACUCUGCCAGGGGGCCAGGUGUACCCAAUAAACCAGAUGACCCUUCCCCCAACCCUCUUCACCCAAAACAUGGUGACCCAUCUACCCAAGAUAAUAAUGCCCCCAACGGACAGUCCAGGGCUCCUCAUCAACGGCUUUCCGUACCCAGCUAAGCUUGCGGAAAAACGAAAAAUAAUCGAAGAAAUUGCGCACAACGACGUAAAAAAAUGUCGGAUGAUUAUUGUACAGAAACCAGAUCUUGAGAAGCUCAAUAACUCAAUACAGUGUUAUAUAGUUACAGAUGCCAAACCCCCGGCUAAAAUAGAAACGAAGGCCUUGAAGGCUAAACGGCCUGGGUUCACUGAUGAUAGAUACGGUGAAACUUCGUAUUAUGUGGAAGCUGGUUUGAGGAAAGUGUACCCUUACUACUUUACCUUUACAACCUUCACCAAGGGACGCUGGGUAGGAGAGAAGAUUCUAGAUGUUUUUGCUCGUGAGUUCAGGGCUCACCCUGUAGAGGAAUAUGAACGCUGUAUCUUGGAUGGAACCUUGACUGUAAACUAUGAGCAGGUGGAUACUGAAUACAGACUAAGACACAAUGAUCUUCUUGCAAAUAUAGUUCAUAGACAUGAAACCCCUGUGCUGUCCAAACCUAUUGAACUGAUUCAUCUUUCUGACGAGCUUGUUGUUUUGGAUAAACCCUGCUCACUACCGGUUCACCCUUGUGGAAGAUACAGGCACAAUACUGUGGUGUUUAUCUUGGCUAAGGAAUAUAAUCUCAAGAAUCUUAGAACCAUUCACAGAUUGGAUAGGCUCACUUCAGGCCUACUAAUGUUUGGAAGGAAUCCUAAGAAGGCCCGUGAGCUGGAACAGCAAAUUAGGAAUAGACAAGUUAUGAAGGAAUAUGUUUGCAGAGUUGAUGGAGAGUUCCCACCGGGUCGAACUGAGUGCUGUCAACCAGUAGAGGUAGUGAGCUACAAGAUUGGAGUUUGUAAAGUGUCAGUUCAUGGGAAGGAAUGCAGGACGGAGUUUGAACGAAUGAACUUUAACGGAAAAACGAGUGUCGUCCUUUGCAGACCGUUCACCGGACGAAUGCAUCAAAUAAGGGUCCAUUUGCAGUACUUAGGAUAUCCUGUAAUGAAUGAUCCCUUGUACAAUCACACCGUGUUCGGAGCAGAAAAGGGUAAAGGAGGGAAUAUCGGGAAGAGUGAUGAGAAACUGAUCUCUGAUCUGAUAUCUAUCCACAACGCGGAGAACUGGUUGGGUAUGGAUGGGGACUCGGAGCUAUCCAUGUUCAAUAAAUCCGACCUAGCAGACGAUCCUGCACUUGGCAGCUCAGGCUGUGUUGUCCCCGUCCACUCCGUUCAUCACAACAACUUCGACCCCGCCAACCCUAUCGGGUGUAUCGAGAACAAUCCCUUAGUUCCCCGCAACUGUACAAUCACCCGACCUCCACCGAUCACCCGACCCUGCCGGUCACCCGUUGUACUCCGACCACCCCUGGAGGCUGCACCCAUCUCCAGUUUAACUUAUAAUGAUGAACUUCUUACUAAGUUUGGAGAGUACAGAUAUAGUCCUGAUAAGAUGACCUGGGAUCCGAACUGUUACGAAUGCAAGGUUCGGUACAGGGAUCCUAAAGCAAAGGAUCUAGUCAUGUAUCUUCACGCCUGGACUUAUAAGGGACCAGAUUGGCAGUUUCAGACUCGACUCCCCCCCUGGGCUGAGCCUAAUUGGGAACAACCAGAGAAUGAGAAAAAAUAAUUCCCUCCGAAAUCCUGGAAUUUCCUCCGAAAUCCUGGAAUCUUCCUGAUUCUCACUAUACCCUUCAAAAUAUCACGAAAUCCCAUAAAAUUCUCUCAAAUCCCUCCAGAAUCUCAUCAGCUUCCUCCAAAAAUCUUUAAAAAAUCCUCCAAAAUAAAAGAAUGGCCGAAAUCUUUAAAAAAUCCUUCAAAACCUCACAGUCAACUAAUAAAUAACCAUCCCCUCCCAUUGUUCUGAAACUACUGCCUCAUCCAGCCGUAUCAAACUAUUUUCUGCAACAACGAAAAAUGAGUGAGAAAUGUUAUCCUUCCCAACCAAGGUUGUUGAACGCAUAGUUGACGGUGCUCAAAUAGUAAUUUAUCUAUCUAUCUCUCUUGUGUAAAAUUUAAAUAUUUCAUUCUGGAGAAAAGUCUAGAAAAGUUUAAACCACGUAGAAUAAGUCCUUUAACUCCGUAGAAUAAACUCAGUAUACAAUUGGUUUACUCUUCGUAAUUUUCAAUGAGUUGUUAUCGUCGUUUCACCGAUGUAUGUUCAAACUGGUUUUACUGAUGUAUAUUCGAACUUGUUUUACCGAUGUAUAUUCAAACUUGUUUUACCGAUGUAUAUUCGAACUUGUUUUACCGAUGUAUAUUCGAACUUGUUCUACCGAUGUAUAUUCAAACUUGCUUUACCGAUGUAUAUUCAAACUUGUUUUACCGAUGUAUAUUUGAACUUGUUUUUUCGUGCAAUAUUGUUAAAUAUCCAUUUUUGACAAGGAAAGCAACUCUAAAACAGCAAUGAUGAAAUCAAUUGCAGGACUUUGUAUUGUUUUUAUUAUAUCGAAGCAUGAGAUAAUACAACGAUGUCGUCUUUGGUUCCAACUUUCAAAAUUUCUAUUUAGCAAUUUUUCUGUCCAAUUAGAUCUAUUUCAAUGAAUCUAGAUUUUUGUUGUUUUUCAUUAGCUCUUGUAUUCGACCCUGUAUCCGACUUGUCAAGCUUUCAACUUUAAAUCUAGAAUCAAAUGUCGUCUUCGUUCGAAACAGAUGGUUUUAAACUAGUCUGAUGCACUUUAUUAAUUUUAUCUAUUUAUUAUUAUUAUUAUUAAAUUCUGUAUUGAUAUUAUUAUUAGUAUUACAAAUUUUAUUGAAUAUGCAUACUGGACAUUUUUGCAACCAUUAUUUAGUGAAAUUAAUAGUAAAUUUUACAUAAUUAUAUUUGAAGUCUCUUGGACUUUUCUGCUCCAGCAGAACCAAUGUUGUACAGGGAUACCCAGAAAGAAUGAGACUUUUGAGACGACUGUACAGAAUGUAUACUUAUGUUUCUUUAUAUUUAUGAUUCCCUGCAACUGUAAACUUGUUUCUUUCUUUUUCUUAUCAUUGAAUAAGCAAUAAAAAGAUUAUAUUCAAGAAAGAAGAAUCGUGAAAUUACAAAGUUUUAGGUCGUUUUUACAGUCUCAUCCUUUCUGGGUAACCCUGUACGCAAUAUUUUGUACAGAAUAUGUACAAGAUUAGUUAAAAUUCAAUAGAAAAUUAUAUUCCAAUUUUUGAGAAAAAAAAACUGUCGGUUGUAGUAUUAAAAAUUGGUUGUUUUUAAA